CACACACACACAGCAGUCCCUGGAAUGAGAGAUCUUGGAUCCAACGGUGCAGUGUGCGUCGAGCGGAUAUGGAGAAAAUAUAACGUUGCCGCGGUAGCCUCCUAAUCUCCUAUAUCUGUCUAACCGCUCAUCGAGGAUAACGAUAUGAAGACAAUUAAUGCAUAUUAUUGGCCUUGAUUGGACAACAAUAACAACAACAACAACAACAACAACAACAAAAACAACAGUGCAAGGAUUGCCUCCCCGACAUCAGCGUAGCGCCAUGCAGUGAGUCGGACAUCGAGCCUCUCCCAGGCGGGUUGGCAUGGCCCAGUGAUGAACGGUGCGGCGGUGCCCGGCAGCCCGGAGUUCUCCUCAUGCCCGCUGCCCGACUGGCGAGAGUUCUGCGAGCUCCAUGCCCGCGCCUCCGCCGCCGACUUUGCCCACAAGUUCCACCGCUUCCUGUCAGAGAACCCCUGCUACGACUCACCAGGCGCCGACAGCAGCUUCUCGCAGCACUUUGCCAGACACUUCCUGGAGUGUUUCUCUGUUGCUCUCACCCAGGCCAGGGACCACCAGGCCUCGCUCUUGCCAGGGGACGACGACUCCAACGCUCCCCCCAAAUACAGCAUCGUUCCCUUCCUGGGCAUCCAGGGCUGCCCCCUGCCCUACGGACACAACGACCUCUACCACCGGCGCAAGGACGCCGGUGCCUCUAGCGAGUCCCUGGACAGUAUGGAUAGUGGAGGUUUAGGAGUAGGAGGGAGUUCCUCCUUCAUGGCUAUGGCCACCUCCCGCGCCCCCCAGCCGGCCCACAAGCCCUCUGCUCUGGGCCAGUCACGCAGCUCAGAGGACGUGUCAGUGGGACACCCCAAGGCCCGCUUCAAGAAGGGAUUCUCUCUGAGGAACAUGAGUCUGUGUGUGGUGGACGGGGUGAAGGAGAUCUGGCACCGCCGCGCCUCCCCUGAACCAGACCCUGUAGGGGGGUCCGGGGGGGCCAGAAGGGCCAACGGAGGAGUGGGAGGAGGGGAGCCAGGCGGGGAGAGAUGGUCCCAGAGACUGCGUCUUCCCAGGGGGUCCCAGGGGCACAAGGCUGAGCUGCUGGAGAUCCAGAGAGAGGGGGCGCUGCGCUACAUGGUGGCUGAUGACACUAACUGUUUGGGGGCGGUUCAGUGGCAGAAGUGUAGGUUGCUGCUGAGGAAGACCAGGAGGGACGAGGGGGGUGACAAGUUCCUGUUGGAGUUCUACGUACCACCCAAGUCGUCAAAGCCCAAGGUGAGCAUCCCUCUGUCUGCCAUCGUGGAGGUGAGGACCACCAUGCCCCUGGAGAUGCCUGACAAAGACAACACCUUCGUCCUGAAGGUAAGGGUGGAAAAUGGAGGUGAAUAUAUCCUGGAGACCAUCGACUCGCUACAAAAAAACUCCUGGGUCGCUGACAUCCAGGACUGCAUGGAACCUGGGGACAGUGGAGAUGACAUUGAGCUGGCGUCAUGUCCCCACGGCCAGGCGUCUAAAGAGUUCUCCAUGGUGGCCUCCUGCAGCUGUGAGCUUCUGUCAGAGGGUGUCCAUCGCGCCCCUGAGAGAUCCUGUGGCUCAGCAGCAGCAGCAGAACUGUAUAGCGCCCCCUCUGUCCGCUGCAGAGAACUACCCUUCACCCAGCACCCAUCCCAUGUCCCCCUGGAGCGCUUCCUCCAGUCCCCAGAGGCCCAGGGGAAAAGCCCCACCACAGGGGUUCUAGGUGAGGGGGCGACCGAGGCAGAGGCGGACCCCAGCCCGGCGGACUACCCAUGGUUCCACGGGACGUUGUCGCGUGUGCGGGCUGCCCAACUGGUGCUGGCGGGCGGAGCUAGGAGCCACGGGCUGUUUGUGAUUCGCCAAAGCGAGACGCGGCCGGGAGAGUACGUCCUCACCUUUAACUUCCAGGGCAAAGCUAAGCACCUGCGUCUGUCAGUGAAUGGUAACGGCCAGUGUCAUGUUCAUCAUCUGUGGUUCCACACCGUGUCAGACAUGCUCAGGCACUUCCAUGCCCACCCCAUCCCUCUGGAGUCAGGGGGUUCUGCUGACAUCACACUGCGUUCCUACGUACAAGUACAGGGUACACCCACAGACAGAUAUCCCGUCUCUCUCUAUUGCUCUCACACAGAUGUGACCGUGCCUCAGCUCCCCACCCCACCAAGGGACCAAGGCUGCUGGACUGAACCAGCCCAGCCGACCCUUCACCUCCCUGGGGUCUCACAGCCGGUGGCGCCCCCCUCCGACACCCCGCUCUCCUCCAGCUCCUCAUCCUCACCCACCGCCCUUCCUUCCCUCUCCCGUGGUGAGCCAGGCAGCGGAGGGGGAGGAGGGGGGCUGGUUAGCAGGAGCAACAGCUCCGAACGUCUGUUAGAUCCCUCUAGUGGUGCCUCAGAGGACUACCAAGACACAGACGGAACACGCAGGGCCAGAGCUGUGGAGAACCAGUACUCCUUCUACUGAGACUGGGCCCAACCAAACCAGGAGCUCUCAUUGGCUGAGACACAGGAAGUGCAGGGAUUUGGACUCAAUAGGUGAAAGGUCGUGGAUGGACAUGGAUCACUCAUUAUCUUGUUUAUUUGCUUGUUUGUUUUCCAAGAGAUGUCCUGUUUCUCCAAUGUUACAAGGAAGCAUAUUAGACUGUAUGUCAGUCUGGGUCCAGUUAGCCCCUGGCUCUUUGGCCACCCUCAUCAUCAGCUGACAUUAAGGAUUUGAAGAAACAGAUGAUUUAGUCGAGUGUGAGGAGAGAGAUGAGAGAAAGAGGGAGGGAGGGAUGGAUGGAGACAGGGAGAAAGAGGGAGAGCGAGAGAGGGGGAUGGAUGGAGAAGGAGGGAGAGAGGAAGUGGCCCAGUGGAGGUUUUGAUUUACUUCACCAGACCACUUCCUGUAUGCCCUACCCACAAUUCCCUAGGAACAAAGCCUCUGUCACCGCCCUGCUAAGUUAUCAAGAGCUGAAGCGACCCUAAAUAAAUGGUUUUCCUCCCCAGGCCCUCCUGAGCAUAGCCCUAAUGUUUGUGAAGCUGCUUCUAGUCUGUCCCGGAUAUCCUCACUGUCCUCAAGGGGAGUUACAAGUACAACGUACUUUCCUCUCCUAAAGCUUUGCAAAAAUGAUUGGUAACAUCGGUAUAGUAAUGGGUGUGUUAGUGUUAUUUGAGAUGGAUAUUUUCUUAGUGUACAGCCAAAAGGUCCUAGUGCCUGUCAGUUUCACAGCACUUUGACCAUAUGAUAUGAUGUGACUGAUGGGCCGUCUCAUUGGCAGUGGCAGAGAUGACCUCAGGUCAGAGGUCAGAGUGAUAAAACAUGCAGGGUUGGGGUCGUUUCAAUUGCAGUAAAUUCAGAAAGUUUACCAAAUUCCAAUUCCAAAUUGUCCUCUUGAAAAGCAUUAAAGAGAAUUGGAAUUGGAAGUUCAGUGUACUUCCUGAAUUGACUGCAAUUUCUAUGGAAUUGACCCCAACCCUGAAAACACGAUACACAUCUCCAACUAUCAGAACACAGCUCAGCAUUCCCACUCGCAUAUCAACAUGGUGCAGCCGGCAACAUUUUCACAUCGAAGGCUGCUACUGUAAUUCAGUCAAAUUCAAUCCAAAUUAUGUUUCGUUUCCACGUAUCUAUGGACGGUUGUUGAUGGGGACAAUUCAGAAUAUGCUGUAAGUGGGGUAUUUUACAUAUGAUGGCAAGCCCCUACAAGACAACUGUUUGAAAGCCAUGCGAUGAUGAUGGAGGGGGGGGGUUUGACUAACCUCUGGUGUGAUGUACAGCCUGAAGCCCGAUGUUUGAUGUACUCUAGUAGUGUUUCCUAAACCUGGUCCUGGACUGCCCCUUUAUGUGAUGGUUUUUCUGUCCAUAUCAUUCAUUUUCCAAAAGGACAGACACCUGAAAACUUGGCUCAUUUUAAAAGUUGGUUUGGAACGUUCUAAAAGAACUGGUUGAUUUGUGGAAUUAGAAUACAGGAAAACCAGCCGAAACAUGGGGGACUUAAUGACCAUAGUUUGAGGGACUUGAUGACCAUAGUUUGGGGGACGUAAUGGCACCGCUGCAUGGUGACCUCUAGGGGGGAGGGCCUAGGGUAAGGACCUACAACUGUUCAGGUGGUCUGCUGGUACUCCCUAGAUGGCCAUGCUAGGAUAGAAUCGGCAACAGGUUAGUAUUAAAACUGCAUUUCUAAUUAGAACAUGCUGUACUUCCAUCCUCUCUGGCACGGCCAGAUGGUGACAACGACCGUUGCCUUAUGUCAGACUAACAGAGACCGACAGGAGGGGGAAUGCAGGGGGCAGUUCAUGGUACAUGUGCCAAUUUAAAUCGUAUUUUUGAAGAGUAUUUAUUCCUCAGCUGUUGUAAAUGACAUUUUCCUAUCGAGUCUUAUUGAUGUCAUUCUUCAUUCUUCUCAGUGAGCUCCUCAGUGCAACCAGUCAAUCACACCAGACCUGUUCACAUAUCAGAGGCUCUUUUCUUUAUUUCUUAACAUUUAGUGUUGAUUUCUGUUGUCUGGCUGAGUUUUGAAGAGUCUGUGCAAUUUUGUACUAAGUGAUGUACUUGACAUAACUUUAUACUUCUGUGAAUAAAACUUGAGCAAACUGUUACAAUGAA